CUUUUCCGAGUUUGCGAAAGACUGAGCGAGGGCUUAGCUAGCCAAAUGGGCCGAUUUGCACAACCCGUGAAGCCAAAAGUAAAAUAAAACGCAUUGUGAGGAGGAAGCUCAGGUUGUGUGAAUGGAUUUUCUAGUGUUUUUUUUAACGGACCUGGUGAAGCCUGAGGUGUGAACACAGCCAAAGACUGAAACUUUGGUUUGUCCCCUGGCAAAACACCUUCUGUUUAAUUCUGGGGCCCUAUUCCCAACUUCUGAAUAACUCGGUGUACGAGACAGCCCUAAACUGGGUAACUUUGUUUGAAAUUGCUGCUUGAUUGGAGAACUGGGCAAAUUCCUGCAUGUCUGCAUCACUCUAAGCCGUGGCUUGGUUUACACGUGAACAAAUCACAAUGGGCUGGGUUUAGCCGUGACAUUAAGCCAAAAAGAGGGUUUAAAUGCCGCAAAACCUGGAUUCACACAUAUCAGAAAACAAGCCACAAUCCUCCUUAAUGAAAUACCUCAACUUUCUCAUUCUCUUUCUCUAAACUUCCACACAUCGUUGCUUUGAGCAGAAGGACUGUAGUUAAUCUGUGCCCAAAGGGCAAACCCUGUAUAAAAGGGAGGGGGUGGUGAUGGUCUCUCUUCUCUUCAGUGUUUCAAACAUGCAUAUUUGCAGUUUCCGAAACAGAAACUUCUAACAAAAUUUAUCAAUGCAUUUUCAUGGCAUUGGUUAGUCUUGGGACAAAAAUAUAAUUUUGUACAACCUUCUCUGGAUGUAACAGAGAAAGCAACUCAGAGCGUGUAUCUUUGGACUUCUUUAGAAAUAUGGAUCUUGAGGAUAACUUAAUGCAAAUGGUGUUGGCUCUCAAGUGACCAGAAAUAUGGCAUAUUCCCAAAAUCCAGAACUCAAAUUUCCGAAGAUGAUUUUUGUAUCAAAGGUUGCUUUGGGGAAGGCUUUUCUGAGUUAGUCUCAGGACCUUUGGAAGACAUGUGUUUGAAAAAUUGCAUGGCAGUUUUUUUUCCCCCUUAAAUCACAUGCUUAAGUUUCGUUUCACACUCCCCGUCUGAACAUCUGCCUAUUUUCCUGUAAUAGGCGGUUGCGGCUCUUGGAACAGUUUUAAUGGAUAGAAUGUUAGUUGUGAUAAUCGGGGCCUGGAUUAAAAUAGCGUUCCUGUGUGGUUUACCUAGCCUGACGCUCCUUAGCUAGAUCUUUUGUGAUCUUUGGUUGUUUGUAUAGAGAUUUCUGGUGUAAUUUGCCAGAUAUGAUGGUAUUUUCAAACCAUUGUUUGAUUUCAUUAAAUAAUUGGAGGGGGGGAUUAAGUUUUAUACACGUGUUGAUAAAAAGGGUGGGACGUGGCCGCAGGCAGUUUGAAGCCUUAAAAGAAUGUCAGGUUCAACAAAUUACCCUGGAUUAUAAAUUACAAGGCGGAAUUUGAGCCAGAAGCUGGUGAGUUGCAGCUUUUCAGAAGAUGCCAACUUCUGCUAAUGUAACUUUGUACCUGAUUGUGCAAAGGUGGGAGUGCCUCUGGCCAUGCGCAGAGUAGGCUCCCCCCCCCCCACUUUGUAUGACUCUGCAUUCCAUGUACAGUAGUUUCCUGGGUAAAUUUGUUUCCUUGAAACUAAUAACUGAGUCAAUAGAUCGCCCUCUGAAUGACCAGGGUGAUUUUCAGAAUAGGUGGUUAUCAUCCUGCUCUCCGUUAACCACAAUCCAGCCUGGUGGCUUUAUAAAGCUUAGAGUUCUCUCUGUCUUCCAAAAUAUGGGACUGCUGGUCCCUCUUGCAUGGGUGUGGAAGAAGACCGUAUACAAAAGCUUGCUUCUGUCCUUUGCACUGAUAGUAACAGUGACGGUGCUGCAGAAAGCCACCGUCCCCAACCAGCUCUUUCAGAGCCAGCCGCACAAAUUGCUUUUCUCCCAAGAGUCUAUAAAAGCCCAGAAGAGAGAUGAGGUGAUGUCCGUGGCCAGCAAUUUCUGGAAAAAGGAUAUUGCUGUUUCCCAGGACGUUGAAGAAACAAAGGAAGAGGUGACUUCGUGGGAUGUGACAGCCAUCAACUGCACGGCCAAUCUCAACUUCACCAAGGACGAGUGGUUCAGAAACCUGGAGCCCAAUUUCCAGCAGUUUCUCCUCUACCGCCACUGUCGAUAUUUCCCCAUGAUCAUCAACCACCCAGAGAAAUGCACAGGAGAGAUCUACAUGCUGAUUGUAGUGAAGUCCAUCAUAACUCAGUACGAUCGCCGAGAAGCCAUUCGUAUGACGUGGGGGCAAGAGAAAGAGUUGGAUGGCAAAAAAAUCAGGACCGUCUUCCUCUUGGGCGUGGCCUCCAAAGAAGAGGAGAGGUCCAACUACCAAAAACUGCUGGAGUACGAGGAUCGUAUCUAUGGAGACAUCUUGCAGUGGAACUUCUUGGAUAGCUUUUUCAACCUCACCCUUAAAGAAGUCCAUUUCCUCAAGUGGUUCAACAUCUACUGUGACAACGUCCAGUUCAUCUUCAAGGGCGACGAUGAUGUCUUUGUGAGUCCUGAGAACAUCCUGGAGUUCCUGCAGGAUCAGAAGGAGGGUGACCUCUUUGUGGGAGAUGUCCUGAUCAAGGCAAAGCCCAUUCGCAAGAAGGAGAACAAAUACUAUAUUCCCAAUGCUUUGUACAACAAGAGCCAUUACCCACCCUAUGCAGGUGGGGGUGGGUUUGUUAUGGAUGGCUCCCUGGCCAAGCGACUCCACAAAGUCUCUGAAAAUCUGGAGCUGUAUCCCAUCGACGAUGUGUUCUUGGGGAUGUGUCUCGAAGUCCUAAAGGUGAUGCCUGUGGCUCAUACCGGCUUCAAAACGUUUGGCCUUGUGAAAAACAAGAACAGCCGAAUGAACCGAGAACCUUGUUUCUUCAAAAACAUGUUGGUGGUCCAUAAACUUCUUCCGAGUGAUCUGAUCAUCAUGUGGAAUUUGGUCCAUAACAAUUUGUCCUGCUCCCAAAAAGUCAACAUCCUUUAGCUCUUCCGAUUUUGGUCUAAGAGGGAGGUGCUGGACCCCAAAGGUCCUGAGGAGAUUCUCAGACUUUUCCCUUCUCAUGAAGUUGAAGGAAAACAGAAAAAACAUUGGCCGAUGUGGGGAAGGGGUCUGUUGAAAAAAGUUAGAAAACGGGGGUCUUUUUCUCCUAUUUUUUGUUCCCCUGUGGGGCUUUUGAAGGAUACAGAAAAAGACUUGACAAGGUGGGCUGAAAACGGCAAUAGAAGGAACUGAAUAUUCCUGGGGAGAUGAAGGAUGAUCACCCCACAUUGGGUAGUCGGACACGCGCAUCUUCCUUUUUUCAUGCCCUUUUGUGGUGUGGUUUUCAGCUGAAGGCUGGUCCUAAAGCUAAGACGUUUAUUUCUAGCUGUGAGUGUGUAUGUGUGUGUGAGAGAAAGAGACAGAGAGCGAAUGUGGUAUUUCCAAAGCUGGAAAAAAAAAUCUGCUGUUUGGGGAAGAAGGAGAUAACUAAGAUGUGAAAGUGCAUUUUGGGGUUGUCCCCGGAUAGCGCGCAGAGAUAUCUCUUUGUGCAGAGAUAAUUUUCUGCAGGGCAGAAACCACCUUGCCACCUACCCCCCACCCCCCCAGUAGAGAAACAGUCGCUUGAAUCUCUGCAAAUUGAGGAAAACCUAAUUAUAAUCUGUUUUUUUUUUUAUUUUAAAAAGAAAGAAAUGUCACCAUGCAGAAUUCCCUAUAUGCUUUUCUGCGUUUAUUUUGAUGAAAAAAGGUACAGUCACUAAAUCUCUUCUGUUGAGAAAACAGCUAAUCCCCUUGCUCUCCUUGUAGGCCUGGGUUUUCCCAUUUGGCGUGUUUUCUGAGAACCAGUCGUGGUCAAAGAAUUAACAGAUUUCUCCAUCAUGGGCUAGGUUUUCCCCCAGCAAUAGAUGUCUGUAAGUUUGGCAGAAGCAUGAACGUUGUUGAAAUGAGAGCCACUGCAGAUGGGUACCCAGAUAAGUCUCAAAAUGUGAGUUCAGAUUUGGCAAUAUGUGUAAUACACAAGGCCUCUGUUGGUUCAAGGCGCACACACUAAAAAGCCCCUUAUGUAGAGGAUGAACUUUGCCUCCUUGUAGCAAGAGAUGAGCUGCUGUCACCAUCAGAAGGUGAGGGCUGGGGUUUGGUUGGUUGGUUGAGAAGGUAAACAUGGUCAGGUCCCUCCUGGCAGAGGUCUGGUACAGGCACACUCAUCUAAGGAUGUGCAGAGGAUGUUCAUGCCCGUGUGUGUGCAUAGUUCUAUCGAGGACAGGAGACCUCCAGAUAUGCAGCUCUAAUUCCCAAUAGUCCUCACCAUUGGCCAACAUCUGGAGACCUGCAGGUUGCCCAGAUCAUAGCCUCCCCCCAGUCUUCCAGCCAACCAGGCAAAUUCUUCCCACGAAUGGAGAGGAGAAAGCCUUUUGGGCAGCUUAGCCAAGUGGACAGAUUCUUCAACCUCUCUGCUGAGCGCUUCCUGCUUUACACACUCUAAAAAAAUUCUCCCAUUGAAUCUCCGUGAUGGUUGGGGAAGCAGAGGCCGGAUGCAGGUCUACAUGUGGGUGCCUCUGGAUGUAAACAUGGGGAGAGUGACUCCGAGGGGCAGUUGAUGCUUCUUUGGCUUUGAUGCUCCUCUGGUGUGGGGGGACCCAUGGCUGAGUCCCCCUGGUCCUCCUCCAAGGCAAGAAGAGACCCCAAACCCUCUGCAGUGUGAGAUAUUACUGGGGGAACAGCUGUAUUUGGUUCUUUACAUUUCACAGCAUCUGGUGGGAGUGGGCUCACAGUCCACCGUGGUUGACCAACUCUUGGGGUUCACAGCUAUCUCAAAUUCUGAAUGGCUGCAUUUGCAGCUGAAUUACAGCCUGUGCUCGGCGUGUGGGCUGCCCCUCAGAGGGGCCCCGAUCCCUGCUUGUACCAGAAUGAAGCGGUAGAGGCCGGUGUACAUGGGAAGGGCUGUCCCACUUCAGGACAAGCAGCUUGGGCUGUUCUGUCCUCUUCCACAAACCCGCCUCCUGCAAAUAAACGCUGGCAAACGAAAGGCAGCGGGAUGAUGGGCUCAAGCUGAUAAAUGCUUCCUUGACUAGGACUGUUAAUGGGGCCGAGCUCGCUGAAUGAAAACACAGGCACAAGAGGAACGUUAUUGCCAAAUUACAAAGUGGAGUUUCAUAGCUGAGGUGUGUCAGAAAUUUUGGGCGUUCCCUUGUCUUGUGAAAGGUGCUUAUAAACGCAGCAGCCGUGACAGCUUCUUGCAAGGACGUUGGUCUGGAGUCAGAGGAGUGACCUUGGUGGCAUUGCAAAAGUGGGUGGGCUGCCUGCAAGCACCAGGUGAUAGUCUCCCCUCCCCUCCCCUCCCCUCCUCCCCAGAGCACUUUGGGGUCAUGCUGGGCUUCAGUGGUGGGAUUUGGAGUUUUGAGGGAGGGUCUGACUCUAGGCAACCUCUUCCCCCAUCUCAACCUUUAGUCCCCUUCCAGGGCCAUAAAUGCUCCCCAGUGAGGAGGCCACCCUUUCUGGCAAUGUUAGUCUUCGCUGUAUGGUCCCUUCUGACCCUCCUGAAGAAGGCCUCUUCUGUCCAAACGUGCCACGUUCUGGGCUCAGAGAUGCGGCGAACACCCUACGUGCGUGAGACCCAUCUGUUAGCAGCGGAUUCCUGCACUGGCCGGGGGUUGCACAACAUGAUCUCUCGUGUCCCUUGUGAUUGUAUUAUUAAAUUAGCUUGUGACCUUGGAUGGCGUCUCACGCAGUUCCAGCAUCUGGCUGGAUCCAUGGGCUGCAUUAAGCCCCAGGAGAGGAUUAAUAAGCCCGUGAUCCUAACCCUGCAGGGAACUCCUUGCUAGCCACCGUAUGAGGCUGAGCGCUUGUCCGGGGACCGUGCUUGGAUUUGCAGGAAUGGAAAUUGGCUUACGGUAGGCUUCACAUUUUUCAAAACCCUGGUCUGCGUGGCAGGGAGUGGGGUGGACGGGGCGCGAGGCGUGCAGUCGCGGCUUAUUGCUCCCUUCCUGGGUUAAGCAGUGAUGAAAUCCUGCAUGGUGGCAAAUUAGACGUGGCUCUGACGUGGCCCCUCGUCAGUGAAAAUCUGGCUUUGCAAGAAGAGCCCGUCAGUCUCCAGGAGCGACUGCUGGAAAACCAAGUUGCAGAGCGUGGUGGCCAUGAAAUCCGGAAAAACAAGUGGGCUGGGGGUGGAUGGAAAGGAAAGCCUUGGGCUGUCCGUGCGCACUGGCGAAAGCAUUUUGCACACAGGUUUCUUAGGCAGGACAUGCUUGAAUCCGGAUGGAGGGGGAGAGGGGACAGCUGUGUGAAAGCUGACAUCUGUAGCAUUCAAGUUCCUGAGAUGUUUGUCUGUCUCCAUAAGAUACAGGCUGGAAUGGUCAGAUUUCUCGGAAAUAGGGUUGGGUUUUUGCAAGGUGAAACUGCAGGAAAAUGCUGGACCGAGAAAUGAACCCUCUUUUCAGGGAAAAAUGUAGAGAUGCAUACGAGAAGCUGCUUUCACAAGGAAACAAAUGUUGGAAGCCAGCAGGGCCCGUCUUUAAGGCCAGCUUCCCAACCACAGCAACUUUAAGACGUGUGGACUUCAACUCCCAGA